CGGCAGCCGGCGGAGGGAGCGGAGCCGCUGGAUGGAGACAUUAAGAAGCGGCGCCCGGCAGCGGCUGCGGGCAGAGCCGAGCGGCAGCCGCCGGGCCGGGCUGGGCUCUCCUCGGCCGGCACCGGCAUCACCGGAACCCGCCCCGGGCGGUACCGGCACCGCCGGAGCCCCCCCGGCAGCGGGGCCGGGCCGCGGGCAGCGCCCGGAGCCCCCCCGGCCCCGCCGCUCCCGGGGGCGGCCGCGGAUGGAGGCACCGAGGGAUGGAUGGAGCCAGGGAUGGAGCGGCGGCGGCGGCCGGGAGCAGGGCCCGGGGACGCCACGUGAGGGUGUUUGGCCCUGCUCAGAUGGGAGCUGCUGCCUGAAGACGAGUGAACCUCGGGGCUCAAUAACUGCAGAGCAAUUUGAAGACAAGCCCCCAAUCCAUAAUUGAUGGGCCCUUCAUUCAGCGCGCUCCCGCCGCUCCCGGACCUGUUCCCACCUCUCCAGGCGCAGAGGGAUGGAUAAACCUGGGUGAAGCUGGCAAAUUAUCGAGGAUUCCCUGCCCUGGGGACAGCUGACACCGCGCAGGGAGGUGGAGAUUUCUUGCCCUGGGAGUGAGCUGAAAGGGGUUUCCUUACACAAAGGGUCCCAGGCAGCAUUCCAGGCUCCAGGCGCGUCCAGGCACCUUCCAUUCUUCGUCUGAAAGGGCAGCGGUGCCGUUCCCGUUCCAGCGAUGCCUGACGGAGCCGGUGCCGCCGGGAGCGAGGAGCUGCGGCAGCUGAUCGGCUUUCAAAUCACCUUCAAACCUCGAUUUCCUUAACAUGAUCCCUCCAUCAGCGCAGUCCCCGGGGCACAGCCGGGGGACUUCGCCGCCAGGAGAAUAAACCGGGGCUGGAGGUGACAGCCAGCGCUGGAACACCCCGGCCACGACGCGGGGACUCAAAAUCCACCUCCCCCAGCACUCCCAAGACUUUUUUGGGUCGGGCAACAGCUUUGCACGACCUCGCCCUGCAGCUCUCACCCCAUUUGCUCGCCGGGAUUCACCUCCAAUCAAUCCCCUCCUUGGAGCAUCCCUGGAGCCGCAGAGCAGCUUCCCCGCGGCGCCGGCUGCCGGGGAAGGGAUGAAGACGCUAUGGCCAAGCUUUUGCUAAAACUCCAGCGGUAUUUCCGGCGCAAACCCGUGCGUUUCUUCUCUCUGCUGGCUCUGUACCUGGCGGCCGGUAGCUUGGUUUUCCUGCACUCCGGCUUCUCCGGGGAGCCCACGGUGCCGGGGAGCCCGCGGAGCUCCGCGGCCGCCGAGGGGCCGGGGCUGCCCUACCUGGGGGUGAUGCAGCUCAGCCGCGGCUUCAAGGCGGCAGCGACGAUGCCCCAGGGGGGCCGACGACACGGCCCCUGGUUCAAAAGCACCUCCAAGGAGCCGUCGGACCGGGGAAAAUCCCGGGAUAGCAGCGGCCCCCGGAGCCGGGCGCUCAGGAGCAGGAGCGGCCGCGAGAAGGAGGAGGACAGAGCCCGGUACAUCGGCUGCUACGAGGACAACACCCGGCAGAGGACCCUGCGUGGGAUGUCCUUCUUCGACUACAAGAAGAUGACGGUGUUCCGCUGCCAGGACAACUGUGCCGAGCGGGGGUACCUGUACGCGGGGCUGGAAUUCGGGGCCGAGUGCUACUGCGGGCACAAGAUCCAGGCGUCCAACGCCAGCGAAUCCGAGUGCAACAUGGAAUGCAAGGGAGAGCGGAGCAACACCUGCGGCGGGAUCAACCGGCUCUCCAUCUACCGCCUGGAGCUGGCCCAGGAAUCCGCCCGCAGGUAUGGAAGCGCGAUAUUCCGGGGGUGCUUCCGCCGGCCGGAAAACGUCUCCAUCGCCCUGCCCGCCAGCCAGCUCAUGCUCAACAUGUCUGUGGAUAAAUGUGUGGAUUUCUGCACAGAGAAGGAAUUCCCGCUGGCAGCGCUGGCGGGCACCACGUGCCGCUGCGGCUUCCCCAGCACGCUGUUCCCGCUGCACGAGCGCGAGGACGAGCAGCUCUGCGCGCACAAAUGCGCCGCCGAGGAGUUCGAGAGCUGCGGCUCCGCUGAGUUCCUGCUGGUCUACCAGACACAAGUGCAGGACAACCGCUGCAUGGACAGGAGGUUCCUGCCCAGCCGCGCCAAGCAGUUGGUGGCCCUGGCCAGCUUUCCUGGAGCUGGGAACACCUGGGCCCGGCACCUGAUCGAGUUGGCCACCGGCUUCUACACCGGCAGCUACUACUUCGAUGGCUCCCUGUACAACAAAGGAUUCAAGGGCGAGAGGGACCACUGGAGGAGCGGCAGGACCAUUUGCAUCAAGACGCACGAGAGUGGGCAGAAGGAGAUCGAGUCCUUCGACUCAGCCAUCCUGCUCAUCCGCAACCCCUACAAGGCCCUGAUGGCCGAGUUCAACCGCAAGUACGGGGGACACAUCGGCUUCGCCGCCCACGCCCACUGGAAGGGCAAAGGUAGGGCAGGGAAUCCUCGGGGAGAGCUCCAGCCCAGCUGCUGGAGCUGGGAAUUGGUUGGGAAAGCCCAGCAAAGCUGGAGUUGGGUGUCCAUGGGGGGGAAUUUCGGGCUGUGCCACCACUUUGGGUCAUCUCUUGGUGUGACCGUGGAUGGUCACGGGUUCCUGCGUUGGGUGGGGUGGAACAGGACAGCAGGGCCAGGCUAGGAGGGGCAUCUCCUGUCCCCAGCGUGACCACAGGGAGUGGUGGCAGUCCCCAGCCCAUCCCGGUGGUAUCCAGGUGUUAUUUCCAUGUGUCCAGCUGCUCCCCAGCCACCACCUUUCCCACGCACAGGCGUGCGCCAGAGGCUGCUUAAUUACAGCAAUUUCCAAAUUGCUGUUGUGGGAUUGACUUCAUUGGAAAGAGUUAAAAUGUUUAGCUUGAUUGAACAUCUGCUACCCUUAAUUCCGAGUUUAUUUAAGGGGAGCUUUGGCUGCUGUGGCAGGGAUGUGCCUGGAUUUCGUUAUCUCCAUGUGCUCACAGUGCUGGGCACAGCCCAGCCCUGCUCUCCCCAUCCCAUAAAACCAGCGGGAUGUGGUGUCCCCCACUUCCUCAGCCAGUGUCCCUGGGCUGGCACUGUCCCCACUGUGGUGGCACAGGAGCUUCUUGGUUGAUUUUUUCCUGAUCCAUAUGUGGAUAGAGCCAGGAUUGGUAUCCCAGCACCACAGGGAGCUUCCUGAGCCUUCCCAAUCCCUGUCCAGGGAGCACAGGGAGCCUCCUGAGCCUUCCCAAUCCCUGUCCAGGGAGUGCAGGGAGCUUCCUGAGCCUUCCCAAUCCCAACCCCCUCCCCAGCCUGUCCCAGGCCUCGUGUCUCCGAGGGGAGGGAGACCCAGAGGGGACCAUGCCAGCACAGUCUUGUUUGGAUGCACUUCAAAGCACAUCACCAAAUUCUUUCCAGAGGAUGUGUGGAGUA